CCAGGGCGGGCCGCCUGUUUGGUCCGGGCGGGACAGGCGGAAGGAGUCUGCGGAACCGGCAGCAGCAGCUGGGCGGCCGCGCCAUGGAGAGCGCGGUUCUCUGGUUUUGCAACUGGAGCACGCUGGUCGUGUGCGCCGCGCUCAAGCUGCCGCAGAUCCACGCGCAGCUGGCGGCGCGCAGCGCGCGGGGCAUCAGCCUGCCGAGCCUGCUGCUGGAGCUGGCGGGGUUCCUGGUGUUCCUGCGGUACCAGUGUUACUAUGGGAGCCCGCUGCUCACCUACCUGGAGUACCCCAUCCUCAUCGUGCAAGAUGUCAUCCUCCUGCUCUGUGUCUUCCACUUCAAUGGGAACAUGAGGCAGGCCGGGCCCUACGCUGCCGUAUUCGUGUCUUCCUGGUUUGUCCUGGGUCUGCAGAAGUGGCUCAUCGACCUGGCCAUGUACUUGUGCACGUUCAUCAGUGCGGCCAGCAAGUUUGUGCAGCUCCGGCAUCUGUGGGAGACGCAGGACUCGGGGGCUGUGAGUGCGCUGACCUGGGGCCUCUCUGCGUACACCUGUGCAGCAAGAAUAAUAACAACGCUGAUGACCACCACUGAUUUUGCAAUCCUCAUCCGCUUCGUGAUCAUGCUGGCUUUAAACAUUUGGGUGACUCUCACAGUGCUUCAGUACCAGAAGGCCGGAAGCAAGGACAAAUGAGGACACCACCGCCGCCCCCCCCCCCCCCCCCCCCCCCCCCGUGGACAGGGUGGCUCCUUGCUACACCGCUCCUAAAUGCAGUCAAGGGGCCCAGUGACUGCAAAGGCCUUGUUUAGAUGCCAUCCCAUGGCCCGCCCCCUCUGCAGGUGCUACUGGCUCAAGCCGUGGGUUGACAAGGGCAGGACGCACAGGAGGGGGCCCAGGAGCCCGAGCCCCUCCUUCUUGGAUGUGAUUUCAUUCUCUCUGAUGAACUAAUAACUACAUCUAUUUUUCCGUGUUCAGAAUCUUUAGAGAGAAACCUUCACCACACAUAUGAACAUGAGUCCAUUGGCUGGGACGCUGUUUGAGACUGCCCUGGCGGGCAGCAAGGCGGGCCUAGACCUGGCUGGCCUGAACCUGGGCACUCUUCACAAGGGGCCCUAAGCAGCUUCUAACCUGAAAGGAACUGUUAAUGACAGUCUCAGCUCAGGAGGGGAAAAGCUCCACACGCACUGUGCUUCUUAACAGCUGUGCAGUUACCACUGGGAUUUGCUACAAAUAAUCAGGUUUUGUCUAUUAAAAGUGUUGUGCACUAAAGAGUACUUCUAGGUUUUUACCAAUUUUUAUGAGUUUCUCAUGGUUAUCUCUGUAUUACACUGUAUUUGCCUAUAAACCUUCCUUUGUAAUUGCAUCGUUACAUAUUGUGAUGUAGAUGAAGUGGCUUAGGCCACUAUGUAAAAUAAAUUUCCUGUGUGGAAUUCC